UAACCCUACAGGUUACAGAAAUCGGAACUCUAAGAGAAGCCUUCUACAGUAGACAAAAUUUUUUUAGUGUUGUAUUUAUAGAGCGCGAAAGGAACAGAAAGAAAUAAGGAGUGAGAAAUGGACAUGCAAGAAAUACACAACGCUGCUUUAGCUUAUUACCAGAACUUAUCAGAUGAGCUAAAGCAGAAGGCAUCUGAAAAAUUUAAAGAAAUGGAUUCUAAUGAUAAUGGCACAAUAAGCAUCAAGGAGUUCAGCCAGAGUUUGGGCAGCUCCGAGAUCAAGCGCUGCUUCAAGUUGCUGGACAAAACCGGAGACGGCAAGUUGGAUUUCAACGAAUUCAUCACUCUUUACUACCUCGUGGAGAGUGGGAGAGGGGUUUUCUGUGACGGCCAUGGAUGUAAGGCCUCCCCUUUUCUCAACGGACUGUAUUUUACUUGCGUUGAGUGUUUCCAUAACAACGAAGCUGCAACGUUCGAUCUCUGCACCUCCUGCUACCGCGAUGGAAAGUAUGAUCACAACCAUGCCAGCUUUUUGGAUAAUUACGUCUUGCUGCGUUCCAAGGCUGCUUGUGAAUCCACAACACCAACGGAAGAUGAUCAUCAUGAGGUAAACGCUGCAGAAUCUGCUCAACUAAUUAGUCGUGGAUUUAAAACUGUUUCCAAUCAAUUUAGUCGAUCUGGGCCGUCUGAAAUGCCAAGCUCUCCUAAGAGCGAUUCUGAGUCUGAGUCUGAGUUCGAUGCUGAGUCUAAUCAAGUUAGCCAAUCUGGGUCUAAAAGGAGGGCAGUAUUUGAAGCAAUAAAAUCACUCAAGUCCCAAGUUAGCAUUGGAGAUGCUGCUGCUGCUGCCGAUGAGUCCGGUUCCUGCAGCAUUAUGUGAUUGAUCGCUAGCAAAUGCAUCUAUAAUUUGUAUUAAUAUAUGCUUCAGGCGUGGAGGGAAGAAUAAAGACCAAUCUUCAUGGCAGUGGUUAUGGUGGAGAAAUAUUGUGAAUGACUACUGAAAUUACUUGGUGGUGUAUGUUGUGCUUUGCUAUUUCUUGUGUAACUUAAUAUAAACAUAUAUUUUUGAAUAAAAAAAUGUGAGCUAGAGCGAGAGCUCUCUCUUUUCUUCC